UUUUUGUUUGUUUCUUUUGUUUUUAUUACUCUGUGGUAAUUUUUUCUUGUAUUCUAUCGAUUGCAUAAAUGCGCGUAAUAAUAAACCGCCGAACUUUACGUUCAUUCUCCUGCAUGCUCAUUAUAAUAUGCAAAUACGGGGGCGUGGCGUCGCGUCAUGCCGUCAUCAGAAUUAGACAGCGGCGUGGUCACGUGCUCCUCGCAUAGAAUCCUCCAGAUCAAAGAUGGCGGCGUACAUGCGAGCGUGGAGAUCGUUCAGUCCGGCGUCCGGCAGCGCCUCCUCCGCCGCUUCAGUCGCGAUCAGAGCCGGGUUAAACGCGCUCCUCCCGCGCCGCUUCCUCCACCUCCACCUCCGGCGCUCCUACUCCAGCAUUUCCAGCAGAAAGUCCUUAUGCGACGCCAGGAUCGCAGCAUCCGUGAUGAGUGGCAGGUGGAGUCGGGUCACGGCGGGCUCCGGGCGCCUCGGCGGCGGCUGUCAGAGGCGCUUUCUGUUCGGGAAUAAGGGCAGCGGCUUCUCUGGAGAGGACGGAGCCGAGAGCAGCGCCGGAUCUGCUGGAGAUGAUGAGUCCGGAGGUGAUGAAGGUCCCUACACUCCUCCUCCUCAGAUGACAGCGCUCACCACGAUGCUUGUGCCCGAGGUCUUCCCGAAGGUGCCGCUCAUCGCCGUCAACAGAAACCCGGUGUUUCCGAGAUUCAUCAAAAUCAUCGAGGUCAAAAACAAGCCACUCAUGGACCUGUUGAGGGGUAAAGUGCGUCUCGCUCAGCCAUAUGCUGGUGUUUUCUUGAAGAAGGAUGACAAUAACGAGUCGGAUGUGGUGGAGAGUCUGGAUGCGGUUUAUCACACCGGGACGUUUGUGCAGAUCCACGAGAUGCAGGACCUCGGAGACAAACUUCGGAUGAUUGUGAUGGGACACAGAAGAAUCCGCAUCAAUAAGCAGCUGGACGUGGAGCCGGAGGAGCCGGAGUCGCUGGAGGUGGAAGGCGAGCAGCCGAAAGCUCUGCGGCGGAAGCAGAAACGAUCGCGUCUCAUGGUGGAGGUGGACAACGUGGUCCAUGAGGAGUUCCAGGUCACAGAAGAGGUCAAGGCCCUGACUGCUGAGAUCGUCAAGACUAUCCGUGACAUUAUUGCUCUGAAUCCACUGUACAGAGAGUCUGUGCUCCAGAUGAUGCAGGCGGGUCAGAGAGUGGUGGAUAAUCCCAUUUACCUGAGCGACAUGGGGGCGGCACUGACCGGCGCAGAAUCACACGAGCUACAGGACGUCCUGGAGGAAACAAACAUUCCCAAGCGACUGUAUAAGGCCCUUUCUCUGCUGAAGAAAGAAUACGAGCUGAGUAAACUACAGCAGCGUCUCGGCAGGGAGGUUGAAGAGAAGAUCAAGCAGACGCACAGGAAGUACCUCCUCCAGGAGCAGCUGAAGAUCAUUAAGAAGGAGCUCGGCCUAGAGAAAGAGGACAAAGACGCCAUUGAGGAGAAGUUCAGGGAGAGGCUGAAGGAUCGGACCGUACCUCAACACAUCAUGGAUGUAAUUAACGAGGAGCUGAACAAACUGGGACUGUUAGAUAACCACUCCUCAGAGUUCAACGUUACCCGUAACUACUUAGACUGGCUGACCUCCAUGCCAUGGGGCACCAACAGCGAGGAAAACCUGGAGUUGGCUCAAGCCAGAGAGGUGUUGGAAGAGGACCACUAUGGAAUGGAGGACGUCAAGAAACGCAUUCUGGAGUUCAUAGCCGUAAGCCAGCUAAGAGGCAGCACACAGGGAAAGAUCUUGUGUUUCUAUGGGCCUCCUGGAGUUGGAAAGACCAGUAUCGCCCGCUCAAUAGCCAGAGCCCUUAAUCGCGAAUACUUCCGCUUUAGCGUGGGAGGCAUGACAGAUGUGGCGGAAAUUAAAGGCCACAGGAGAACAUAUGUUGGUGCAAUGCCAGGAAAAAUCAUCCAAUGCCUAAAGAAAACUAAGACUGAAAACCCAUUGGUCCUUAUUGACGAGGUUGACAAAAUAGGCCGAGGUUACCAGGGUGACCCAUCUUCGGCGCUACUUGAGCUUUUAGAUCCAGAACAGAACGCUAACUUUCUUGACCACUACCUGGAUGUGCCCGUUGACCUGUCUAAGGUGCUUUUCAUUUGUACAGCCAAUGUUCUCGACACCAUUCCCGAACCCUUAAGAGACCGAAUGGAAAUGAUCAACAUAUCAGGUUACGUUGCUCAGGAGAAACUGGCCAUUGCGGAGAGAUACUUGGUACCCCAAUUGCGAACUCUAUGCGGUUUGGAUAAGGAGAAGGCGAAAAUCACCCCCGAUGCUCUGAGUGUCCUCAUCAGACAGUACUGCCGGGAGAGCGGCGUCAGGAACCUUCAGAAGCAAGUCGAGAAGGUGUUCCGGAAAGUAGCGUUCCGGAUUGUCAACGGCAAGGAAACGGAGGUCAACGUCACUCCGGAGAACCUUCAGGAUUACGUCGGGAAGCCCAUCUUCACUGUGGACCGAAUGUAUGACGUCACACCGCCGGGAGUUGUCAUGGGACUGGCAUGGACGGCAAUGGGUGGUUCAACGCUCUUCAUCGAGACAUCUCUGAGGCGACCGAGAGAACCGCAAGGGAAAGAUGGUCCCAAAGAGGGAUCGCUGGAGCUCACGGGGCAGCUAGGAGACGUGAUGAAAGAAAGCGCCAAGAUUGCGUUCACAUUUGCCCGCUCGUUCCUCAUGAAGGAACAACCUGACAACGAUUUACUUGUGGGCUCCCACAUACACCUCCAUGUGCCUGAGGGUGCAACUCCCAAAGACGGGCCGAGUGCCGGAUGCACUAUUGUGACUGCUUUGCUGUCCUUGGCCACCAACACACCAGUGCGUCAGAACGUGGCCAUGACGGGAGAAGUGUCCCUGACCGGGAAGAUCCUGCCUGUUGGAGGAAUCAAGGAAAAGACCAUUGCUGCGAAGAGGUCUGGCGUAACCUGCAUCAUCAUGCCUGCAGAAAACAGAAAGGACUUUUCAGACCUGGCAGAGUACAUCACCGAAGGGCUGGAAGUGCAUUUCGUGGAAAACUACAGCGAGAUCUACAAAAUCGUGUUCUCUGGACAAUAAUGCGGAGUGCGGUUUUAUCUUUUGGUACGCUGCGAUUCUGAAUCCUCCGUCAGGAAAUCACGAGCACACAGAACCAGGCUAAUCAAUCCUUUCUGUCGUUGGGAGCUUUUAUCCCACAUAAGUAGCACGUAAAUGCUGCGCCAUUCCCUCUUGAUUUGUGGGACGUGAAAGUCCGAGCGAUGUCGUCAAGAUUCCUGAAACGUUUGAGACUCUGGGAUCCUGAAAGCCUCUAGUGAAGAUUUUAUAUUGGAUGCAAUUUCAUCUUGAGUGUCAUAGUUGUAAACAACUGCCUUAAUUGUACUCUCUCAAAUAAUUUACAUUAUAUAUAUAUUAUGGAA